AUGCUCCCUUCGACAUUGACUGCGUUGCUCGCCCCGGCCGUCGCGCUUUUCUCCCUUAAUGUGAACUCUGCAUUGCCACCUAAGAAUCCUGAUGUGUUGCAAUUCGAACUGCGUCAAUAUCACGCAGUGUCUCCGGGGGCACAGGUCCUCUUCCAUAAUACACCACUCAACUCAUUAUCCGAGAACUCUAGGACAACGCAUCGUCUUCGUUCGAAGCUUGUGAAGUCUCAUCGCCCAUCUUCUUCAGCCGCAUUCGCCCAUGCUCGAGCACGGUCGAUCAGGUUUGCGGAGAGCGUUUCUCUUGAUUGGGACGAGGAUGAGAUAGUCGGGCCCGAUGUCGAGAGGCGGGAGACGCUGCUGGAGCUGGCGAAGAUGACGAAUAACGCAUACUUGGAGCCGAGUGAGUCCGGCUGGUAUGACCUCGACGGCAAAUGGAAUGUGAGCUACCCUGUGGGAUGGGAACCGGAUGCGGACGGUUUCCGAGGGCAUGUAUUUGCGACUCCCGACAACUCGACGGUCGUGGUCUCGAUCAAGGGAACAUCCGCUGGGUUUGUCGGUGGAGGGGGGCCUACCUCUAAGAAAGAUAAACUUAACGACAACCUGCUUUUCAGCUGCUGCUGCGCUCGGAUAGAUUGGACGUGGACGACGGUGUGUGACUGCUAUCGUGGUGGAUGGAAGUGCAAUCAGGAAUGCCUGGAGACAUCCCUAGUGGAGGAGAGCUUAUUCUAUUCUGUCGGAAUCAACUUAUACAAUAAUAUCACCUACAUGUAUCCCGAGGCUAACAUAUGGGUUGUUGGGCACUCCCUCGGCGGUGCGCUCGCGUCGCUGCUCGGAGUCACCUUUGGUGCACCGGUUGUAACAAUGGAAUCACCAGGCGAGAAGAUGGCAGCACGGAGAUUGCAUCUACCAUCGCCCCCCGAAGUCCAGCAUAUCACACAUGUAUAUCACACAGCGGAUCCAAUCGCGAUGGGCACCUGCAAUGGGGUACUGUCUACAUGCGCCCUUGGUGGAUAUGCAAUGGAGAGUCGAUGUCAUCUGGGCCUUUCAAUUGUUUACGACACAGUCUCGAAUUUGUCAUGGGCUGUCGAUAUACGCACUCACGGUAUCGUAAAUGUAAUUGAGAAAAUUCUCUCUCAGCCAUGGCCACCAAGCGUCGAAUCAGGGAGGGAGGUCCCUCAAGCGAAGGCAGAGGAAGAUUGUGUAGAAUGUUUCAGCUGGGAGUUUGGUGAUUUUCCAUAA